GAGAAAGCCUACCAUGAACAGCUUUCUGUAGCAGAAAUCACCAAUGAGUGCUUUGAGCCAGGCAACUAGAUGGUGAAAUGUGACCCUUGCCAUGGUAAAUACAUGGCUUGUUGUCUGUUGUACCAUGGUGACGUGGUCCCCAAAGAUGUCAAUGCUGCCAUUGCCACCAUCAAGACCAGGUGUACUAUCCAGUUUGUGGACUGGUGCCCCACUGGCUUCAAAGUUGGCAUUAAUUACCAGCCUCCCACUGUGGUACCUGGUGGAGACAUGACCAAAGUACAGCAAUCUGUGUGCAUGCUGAGCAACACCAUAGCUAUUGCUGAGGCCUGGGCUCACCUGGACCACAGGUUUGACUUGAUGAUUGCCAAGUGUGCCUUUGUCCACUGGUAAGUAGGUGAGGGCAUGGAGGAAAGAGAGUUUUAUGAGGCCAGUGAGGACAUGACUGCCCUUGAGAAGGAUUAUGAGGAAGUUGGUGUGGAUUCUGUUGAAGGAGAGGGUGAGGAAGAAGGAGAGGAAUACUAAAUUUAAAAUGUCACAACAGUGAUGCUUUUACAGGGAAACUUA